AUGGAUACGAUAUUUAAUAGUACGGAGAAGAAUGCUAGAGGAAUUCCAGCUGCUCCAUUUGUCGGAGAAGUUGAAGAGUUCAUUAAAGAUCCGAAUGAUUUUGAUCUAGUAUUUAGCAAGUUUCAAGAAAGAUUGUCAAUGUACAAAUAUAUGCAAGAAUCUAAAGGGUCCACGGUGAAACAAUUGCGUGUCCGUAUUCCAGAUAUUGAGCAUACUCUGCAAGUGUGCAAGACAUUGCAACAUCAUCAUGAAUCAUCUGACGAAGAUAAUAAUGAAAUGGAAGUAAAUUAUCAAUUGAAUGAUACUCUAUAUACAAAGGCUAGCAUUGAUACAAAGGACACCAAAGUUGGUCUGUGGUUAGGUGCAGAUGUGAUGUUAGAAUAUCCUGUUGAAGAAGCAAUCGUCUUAUUACAGGAACGUCAUAACGCCGCACAAAAGAGUCUCGAAACUGCUCUUGAAGAUGUGGAAUUUUUAAGAGAAAAUAUCACUACAAUGGAAGUCAAUUGUGCAAGACUCUACAACUGGGAUGUAGAGCGUAGGAAGGCUCUACGUGAAGCAGAAGAAGGUACUAAGAACCUUGCCAUAUAG